AUGGAUUUUGAGUUUAAGUCGGUAAUAGGAUUAUGUACCCCAUUAAGUAUAACUGAACUUCGGGUACCAACGAUAGCAAAUCAUGAGGCUCCUUUAGAUUGUAAAUAUAAGUUGGAGAACAUGCAACUUUACGAUGUGAAAUGGUACAAGGAUGGCGAUCAAUUUUUCCGUUGUUUACCGAACGGGGAAGUUUACGAAUAUCCGGUCGACGGGUUGAAGAUUUAUUACACGAAAUUCGCUCCCAUCGGGUCUUGUCCCGUUACAUUGACUGCGCUAAAUACAAAAUCCACUGGAGAAUACAAAUGCGAAGUGAGUGCUGAGGCACCCAAUUUUAACGUUGCUACGAAAUCAGCCAAAUUAAAAUUCGUCCCGUACGUCCUUAAAAAGGAAAUGAAAGAAGUAAGGCGAGUACAUUCCACUUUAGCACCUGAACAAAGAGAAAAAAAUUCUACAUGGCACGCACUAUCAAGUAAAGGAAAUUCUUCCACCAUAUCGCACCGAUUAUCAUGGAAUCUUUAUCUGUUAUUUAUUAUUAUAUCAUGUAUUUCUAUUUUAUAAUACAUAAAUAAAUGUUUUCAUUUUUAUUUAAA